AUGCCGCGUCACAGCAAAAACAACACCGCCCUCUCUUUUUUCACCUACGCCGAAAGCCAGGCACUGAAUUAUGGAACAAAAAAGCAACGUUUAGGACGUGACUCAAUGCGCGAAUUUGACGCUUGUUAUCUUUGCCUACAACGUGCUCGUGACCCAGUUUGUUGCUCGCAUGGUCAUCUAUAUUGUAAAGAGUGCAUCUAUGAAAACAUUUUAGCACAGAAGAAAGAAAUUAAACGACAGCAGCUGUUGCUUGAACAACGAGAAAAAGACGAGGCAGAGGCGGCUAAACGUAAAGAGGAAUUGGCUAAAGAAGCGUUGAUUCUUGAUUUUGAACGACAGCAAGUUAGAGUUGCGCCUACUGAUUCCUCUUUUUCGAAGUCUGAAAAAGUUGCUGAAAAAGACGAUGAAAGUAAGGACGAGGAUAAUGUAGAUAAAGGAAAGCAGGAAAGUCGUCGAGUCUCCGAGACUAAAGACGCGAAAGAUAAUGGAUUAGUAAAAGGUUUUCAACUGGACGAAGAUGAGAUAUUAGCGAUUUCAAGACGUGAACAUGAAGAAUCGCUGAAAAGAUUGGAAGAAGAACGAAUUAAAGCAUCAAAACCAAAGCUUCCAAAUUUUUGGCUGCCAUCUCUUACCCCGUCCGCUGACCCUGAUAAAACUACAUCAGCAAAACGUCAGACCAUGUGCACAGCAACCGAGUCUGAGCAUCCUAUAAGUAUCAAAAAUCUUAUUCCCACGAAAUUCACUGAAGUCGCAGAAAUAAAUUCAAAGAACAAGAGUUUUAUAUGCCCUUCUUGUCGCAAGAGUUUGACGAACACAGUAAAGAUUAGUUUACUGAAAACGUGUGGACACGUAAUAUGUGGCGUUUGCGUUGACAAAUUUGUAAGAAAGGCUCAUCGGUGCUUUGUAUGUGAGACGAAAUGUAAAGAGAAAGAUAUUGCUGAUAUGUCUGGAGAAGGGACCGGAUUUGCGAGUGGUGGCGGGAAAGUCGUAGCUCAAAAGUUUGAUGUAGCUUUUCAAUAA